UAAUAAUAAUAAUAAUAAUAAAUGCCUUGGGGCUAGUGGGAAAAGCAAAGGCAAUGAUGCUGAUAUAUUCAGAAUAUCUCCUGGCCGAGGUGGUCAGUAUCUAAACAAAUGAUGUCCAUCCAUCAAUCCAUCAAUCAUUUCUCUUACUUCCUGCAAUUGAAUCUCCCUGGAGGAGUCAUCAGUUCCUCUCAGUCUUGAUGACUGACAAGAAGUCCCUGUGGACCCCUUAACUACUGAAGAUCAGGCUGGGCCCUUGACACCAAGAUUUUAAAAGCCCCACCUUCACAGCAAGAUUAGGAAACUCACAGGCAAAGUAUAACUAUUGCAAGUUCUGGAAAGGAUCAGAACAUGAAGGUAAGUAGAAGUUUUUAUUACUUGAGACUUUUUUAGCUAUUUUAUAAAAAGCUUCAUAGCUUUUCACCUAUUCUAUGCUUAAUAAGCAUUUUUGAGUCUAGAGGCUAUUUAAAAAUAUGCUUUAAAAUACCAGAAUCAUUUGAUAUUACUAUGAAAAAAUGCACUCAUUUGGGUUAAGUGAUUGAAAUAUUUAUUAUUUAUAUAUUUAUUUAUUUAAUCGGUCGUUUAUUUGUUUGUUUGUUUGUUUGUGUAAAGAACUGUUUUGUGGAUUAACUAGAAGGUAGACUCGGGAACAGCCAUCUCCCCUACAUAAUGAGUAUUGAAACAGAACAUUGCAACAAGUAAGGGGUUUGCAAUGGUCCAGCCAUCAAAGUAGAAAAUCCUGCUGGCACAGAAAUGACUUUCUCUUCAUCUUUUCUUGUAGGGACUCAGAAGUCUGGUGGCAACAACGUUGGCCCUUUUCCUGGUGUUUUCUUUCGUGGGAAAUUGCAGCGGCGCGCCCCAGACUGGGCUGCGAUGCCUCGCGAACCGCUUUUCUGUCCCCCCUACACGUUGCAGAGCCUCUUGGAGAGAAGGAACUGGACCCCCCAGGCCAUGCUCUACCUGAGGGGCGCGCAGGGGCGCCGCUUCAUCUCCCACCAGAGCCGGAGGAAGGACGUCGCCGAGCGGCCGCCGCCCGAAAGACGAAGCCCAAGUCCCCAGCUACUAAAUCUUCCAGAAGCAGCUCCUGUGCUGAUGGGCCCCUUGCAAACCCACAGGAAGUUGGAGAAGAAACCUGAGCAAAUGAGAUUCGUAGAAGAUAGUCUGCUGUACUGGUGAAAACAUACCAGAUGACACUCAAUUGCGGUUCUGUUCUCAUUGAAAACGUGGACCAUGUGAAGAAAACCCUUGAAUUCUUUUGACUUAUUUGUAACACUAGGACCAUGCACAGCUCAUUUUAUUGUUUCAGAAGAAAAAGUAGUGUAGAGGGUUCUUAGCUGAGAACAUCAUUGCCUUUGGUCCUUGCUUCAGAUCUCUUUGGAUUACCUUGUGUCUUACUCCCAAACCUUUUAGAGCAUUUAUAUUUAUAAGCCUGAAGCCUGUUGGAGCAUUUUUUUUUCUGUUACAAGUAUCCAUCUUGAUCUAAUAAUUCUUGGUUGUCUGCAUGGUCUUGUCACUCAGCAGUGAAUCUCAUCUCCUUUUUUCCCCUUUGCCCAUCUCCAUGGAGGGUGGGCAGGGGAAGCAUGGCAGGUUGGGGAGCAGAGUGUGGUUCCUUUAGUAGUUGAUCUGGGAGAGGGAAGUUGUUAGGACGGGAAGCGGGAAGGAGUGAUGACAGGGAAGAAGCCCUGUGAUAAGAACAUUUUAGUGUGGUUGCUGAAAGGGGACAAUCGAUUGGUGAGGCUGGUGGAAGGUUCCACAGCGGAAAGCUCUCCCCUGUGCUCUUCGGGCAUCUCCCUGAAGUCAGUUUACAAACAGGGAUCUAAACGUUACUGGGAAAUAAGCAGAUGGAAACACAUCGCACUCCCGUGUAUAUUGUCCAAAAGGUACAAACCAGUUUUUCAGAGGUAACCCAUUGUUCGUGGCUAAAUAGAUGCAAAGACUCUGUUAACUCUGACUAGAGCUCUAGGCUUUAUUUGACACUGAAAUAUUACAUAAGGCAUCUUGAUAAUGUUAAGUGCACGAUAAUACCCUAAUGUGCUCCUUUUCAAAGUCAAUUUGGUUCAAUUCAAAACUAUCUGAAAAAAAAGUACACACACACCCCUACAGCAAGCAUACAUAACAUAUUUAUGUAGCAUUACAAUAUGACCAUCAUGUUAAUUAUUUUUGGCCUAAUUAACUGAGUCGCUGAUAAAUGUCAUAGGUGGAAGGUAUUGUUACUUCUCAGUGUCAUCAGUAUUGAGCUAUUAUUUAGUAGUAGCUAAAGAAUUUCUACGUGGAUGUCUUUGUAACUUGUAAUUUUAUUUUCAUUGUGUUAAGUAGUGAAAACCCUGCUUAUAAGAUUUCGCCUGUGUCUUGUCU